UCAAGUGUCACUCAUAUGUCAUAAAUCACAUCACAAAUCGAGUUCGCGCAAAGAAAUUGUACGAGAAGUUACUUCGCACCUAUGUAACAAAAGGCUUUUCGUUGUGUAUUUUCAUUAAACAAUGGGAAACGCAGGGAGUAAUCAGCCUAAAGAAUGGCACGGAAGCGACCCUGUGACGAAGGUACCUGACGUAGGGCCCUCUUCACCUGCUAAAGAAGGAGAAGCGUUUACAUUUGAUAAAAAGGUUGAUGACGACCGUGGCGGUCGUGAUGACGAAAAUAACAUUGAAGAUGGAGCACCAUACUACACUAAGGCUGUUCCGGAAAGUGAUGUGGAGUAUACCGGGCCGCGCGAAAGAUCAAAUACGUUGACCGAAAGUACUAAGCUUAUUGAUGAUGUUAAAGUUUUGCCUACUGUUUUUAAGUGGGAAGGAGGAGGCAAACAGGUGUACAUUAGCGGAACUUUUACUGAGUGGAAGACAAUCCCCAUGGUCAAGUCCCAUGGAGACUUUGUGACUAUAAUUGAUUUACCUGAAGGUGAACACCAAUAUAAGUAUUUUGUAGAUGGUGAAUGGCGACAUGAUCCUACUGUGAAGGUUGUAGACAAUGGAAUGGGUAGUAAAAAUAACUUGGUAACGGUAAAAAUGUCUGACUUUGAAGUUUUUCAAGCCCUUGCUAAGGAUAGUGAAGGGAUUCAUAGUAGUGCUCAAACUGAGUAUUCACAGGAUAUACCUCAGUCAAAGCCCUGGGAAAAGGUUUCUGGCCCGCCUAUUCUUCCACCUCACUUGCUACAAGUUAUCCUUAACAAGGACACUCCUUUGUCUUGUGAACCAACAUUGUUACCUGAACCAAAUCAUGUGAUGUUAAAUCAUCUUUACGCCUUGUCUAUAAAAGACGGCGUUAUGGUAUUAUCCGCAACCCAUCGAUACAGAAAGAAGUACGUCACUACACUGCUCUACAAACCCAUUUAACUUACCUGGUGAUCUGAUGAAAUAUGAUCAUGUAUUACAUUGUACCUACUUACCAAAUACAACAUUAUUUCAAUAUUUAAUACACUGCAAUCAUUUUUUUAAAAACUAUCUUGACAUUAAAUAAUAAUAACACCACAUUUUUGGACUCCUAACACUUGGCACUCUCAUGCUUAUAGUUCAAGUUAGAUAAAUUUAGUACAAUGUUAUGCAGUUAUCUUAUACUUUCAUUAUAGUAUUAUUGUUUUUUUUCUAUGUUUAUUAGUUUGUAUUGUUAGUAACUAAAGUGUCUCAAGUGCAAUAGUCUAAAAGGCAGGAAAGGAAGGGACCCAGAUACUUACAGACUAAGAAGUUCCAAUAGGGAAAUUGUAUUAUCUAGAAGAAUUGGUGAACUGCACUUGCAUGUAUUGAAAACAGAUCAGUUAAAGAAUUGUGAUACAAACAACAGUUUUUGACAAAUAAUAAAUAAAUAAUUAUAUUCUAAGUGCAGCCAGAUGUGAUAAUGUACUUUUAUUUUUAAAUUAUUGACUUGUUGUGAUUGUAACUAUUAAAUAGGUAUAAAUUGAAAGAAGUGCUUUUGUUAAAGUAUGUAAACUAUAGUGUGUAAAUAAAAGUCUAUUUAAAAUUG